GGCUGGCGAGUUCAGUCUACGUCGAGAUUUAAAACGUUCGGGGAAGCAUAUAAACGGGAGCGAACUCAAAGGACAUAAUAGUGAAUUUCCAAGGUGCAAAAGGAUAAAACAAAUUGGAAAAUUAGCAAAACGAACGUUUAUAUACCAAGUCCUGGCUUAUACCAAUAGAUUUCCACCCCAGUUAUAAUUGCCCUUGCAUCCGUGAAGCUAAUAAAUCGUUUUGAGUUGAACCGAGCUCGUAAUUUUCAUGCCAGUGAAUUUUCGAUUCGGGUCCGUUGUCCUUGUGUGUACUAAACUUGAAAAAUACUUUUGUGCCACCACCCCAUGCCACCACUAUCUUCCCAUCCUCGUUUAGCCUCGCCUCUUCGUGCAGAUUUACAUUCGAAUUUCGGCUUUUUUAUUUGAAAUUUCACGGUGUGGUGGUAGACCUAACUAAGUCCUGUUUUCCCUAAAAACUCGGCUUUUGUGUUCUCUGUCGCCAUCGUCAAUCUCUCGGUUCUCCCUCGAUAACUUUCGACUGUGUAUCCCCUGGAUCUUACGAACGUAAACAUUUCGUGGCGAAGGUUCUACAGCGUUUAAAUAAAACCUCUCCCAGGAAAAUUUCCUUUAGCCCCAACCGGUCAAGUGACUUACGAAUGUAGUCAUUCAUUUUAUCUGAUAUUUCGAGCCACCUCGAGGAUACGCAAUUAAAUACUGAGAUUGAUAAGUAGCCAAUUAAGCUGAAUGAAGUGGCGAUACCGUUGAGAGCACGUUUAUUCUGUACGAGUGUAUUACGGAAAAAGAAUUCAACAGUGCAACCACCUGACGCAAUUCGUUUUCCAAGGUGAAUCGAGUUUCGUCCUGAACCAAAAUCCGCGCAAGGGAGUAGAUUCUGAACGACCUCGGCUGAAAGGGGAGUUCGCGCGCGUCUUCGUUCAUAAAUUUUGCAUUUUCCUAAUUACAUCAGAAAAGGAAUCCGGGCGGAAUCCGUUUUCUGUCUAAGUAAAUUUCGAGUGGAUAUUUUAAUUUGUACAGGACAACUGUGUCCCAUUAUGAAACGGAGUGGAUUCCUCGUUGCGACAUAACGUAAAGCAGAACGUAACGUAUACAAUAAAAAGAGUGUCGAAAAAGUUUUGUGCCAUGAUAAUAAAGUGAAGGAGCUUAAAGACGACGCGACGGAGUAGUGCACUGAAGAGGAUACUUUUCGCUUUUCAUACAAUCUCGCCAACAACUACAACACGGAGCAUCAGUAGCACAAGAUUCUUAUCUAGAAAACGGGCGAAAAAGUCGAAAAGCUCUUCAGAUCGCAGAAGGCAGGAAAACUAGCAAAAGGCAAAACGGGAAAAGGAAAAGGACGAGCUGGUGAACACUUCAGCAAAAUAUUUACCCAAAAUGAUGGAGUUUUGAAUUACGGCUGGCGGAAACGGGUGGAAAGUUGAAUAUUGAAGAAAUGGAACGGUGACGAAUCGACAACAGGAAUUCUCGAAAGAAAAUCGAAACAUAAAGAAACAGAGUCUAGCAAUCUUAAGUCAUCAAGACAACGCCGAGGCCUUAGAAGACAAACUUCAACAGUUCUUUUCUCGAAAUCGACUCAGAAAGAACUCCUGUGCAAAGCAUCAAACCUAAAAUCUUUCAAACUUGACGUUCCUUUCGUUGAAGACAGCACGUGUUGUGUUACUAACUUUGAUAAAGCAGAACCUCUCUGAACAUCUUCCAGUAGACGCUAUUCUUGAUAUAUUAUUCAUAAAAUCCAUGCAACCACGUUGACUACAGUUACUACUCCCCAGGAAUACUAAUCACGGAAAUAUUUUCCACUGAUUAAAUUUAAAGAUAAAAUUUCGAUAAACAAAAUCGAAAUAGCGAAUAAAAGCCAGAAAAGCUUUCCGAUAACAUUCCAACCACAGAGAACCCUCUACGCUUCUCCAUAAGAACGUGAAGCUCUGGAUAUAGUCGAACGCUUAGUUUUACGGAAAACAACACGGAUUUCGAGUUGCGAUAGAAACAGGUGAAAGCAAGGGAAAGUAUCGUGGAAAACUAGAAAGGUUCUCUGAAUAGAAAAGUGAAAUACACACAUCGAUUGGAUCAGAAUUAAUUAAUCCUUCGUCUUGUCGACCCCACUAGCUGCAUCGACCGCAUUCCUAGAGGGUAACGACGUGGUCAUUGAGGACUCAGUCCCCGUCAGUGUUAGCUCCUAGUUCGAAUUAAUUUCUCGUCAGUGGUUUGAUGUUGGAAACUGAGCUCUGCGAGGCUCCGUUGGGGGAAUAGUGCAGUUCAAUAAAUAAGGAAAGCGUCAUGACCGGAUGUAAGGAGCUACGAUGCACCUGCAGGCGCUGAGUCACCUGCAGGUUAACGGCUCAACACUGGAGGCUUUUACGCAAUCGGGUCUAAUACUUAUUUUGGCCAUAGCCAUAGUCGCUUCAAAUCUCAUCAUAAUAGCAACAUUUCUAAAUUUUCGAGGUCCGACUGAAGUAAUCAAUUAUUAUUUGCUUUCGUUGGCGGUAGCCGAUUUGCUAUGUGGUGCAAUGAUUGUGCCGCUUUCAGUUUACCCGGCGUUGCACGGAACAUGGAACUACGGCGAAGUUCUAUGCCGACUCGUCGGAUAUCUGGAAGUGACGCUUUGGUCGGUGACUGUUUAUACGUUUAUGUGGAUUUCUGUUGAUAGAUACUUAGCUGUAAGAAAACCGCUUCGAUAUGAGACGAUCCAGACGAAAACGAGGUGCCAAUGCUGGAUGGCAUUCACCUGGAUAUCAGCAGCAAUGCUAUGUUGCCCACCACUACUAGGAUAUAGUACGCCACAAUUCGAUAAUCAAGCUUACGUUUGUAUGCUGGACUGGGGCAAUAUGCCAGCAUAUAGUGCCACCUUAGCAAUUUUAGUAUUAGGACCUAGCGUUAUUUCGAUUGUUCAUAAUUACGGUUAUAUAUUUGUAAUGAUGCGUAAAAUAAAAUCCGGUGCACCGAUUCACGAUAAAGAAUAUGCGACUGCAUUAGCUGAAAACUUAUCGAAUCCUAGUCAUAUGAUGUCGUUCACGUUAGUUUUCGCCUUUUGGAUAUCGUGGCUACCAUUCAUUGGACUGCGAGUGUACGAACUCGUCGCGGGUUAUAAUAACCCAUUAGUGCAUUUCGCUUUCGUAUGGAUUGCCGUUCUGAAUUCAUUUUGGAAAUUCAUUAUAUUGACACUCAUGUCGCCGCAAUUUCGCCUAGCCCUGAGGGUGUUUUGUUUGACAGUUUUCUGUAAAACAAAAGGGCGACUACAGGCAGAACUAAUCGGUUUAGACCCAGAUGACUAGAAUCAAUAAGUUUUCGUUCGCAAUUGAUUUCGUAAAAGUUGCUGAUAAAUAAGUUACAAUUAUUUCACUGUAAUCGUUAAUUUUAUACGCUAUUAUGGAUUAUUGUAAUCAAUAUUGUAACAAUCGCUUUCUAGUAAAUAUUUUUUAAAACACUAUUAGUAUAGAUGUCACUGGUGUCUACCGAACGUAACGCAUGGGUCCUCUUCCAAUAUACUGUCGCAUCCUUUGCAAGCAACGAUAAGGACUAGUUUCAUUCGAGGACCCAUGUGGCGAACCUAUGUACGUUCGAUCCGCACAAGUGGCUACUACAAUCAACAGUUAAUUUAAAAAUAAUUUACAACUUUAGAUGUUGCCAAAAUAUAUAAAUUUCGAAACUCAAAAACUUAACUCACCUCAACGACACGGAAAAUAUAUUUUUUAAAAGUACACAUAACCAAGUCAAAGUAAUUUCGUUGUAAAUAUCGGAAACAUUCUAGUUUAGAAUAAAAGAAAAAUAAAUAAAUUUGCAAAGCAGCGAUUAGGACGGGAAAAAAGCAAAAAAUAUUACUACUAAAAUCACUCACACGUUGAAAAAAAGAAGCAAAUCAAUGAAAACACUAAACAAGCAAACGAAAAUAUUUAGAUACCAGCAAAUGCAUGAACGUUUAAAAGCAAAUAAAACAACAAAACAAACAAAAAACAUAAAUAGUAAAAACAAAUUCAAUGCAAUUUUCGUAGCUGUGCAUUUUAAAAAUGGCGAAAUAGGGUCGAAUAAAGUAAAUUUACGGUAAAAAAAAACAACAAAAAACUAGUGAUGAUUAUUUUUUAGCGAUAUAAAAUGAAACAAGACUUGUAUAAAAGUUAUAAGCGAAAGAUAAAAAAAAAUUUAGACAAAAAUUUAUAGAGAAGAUAUUGGAAUGUUUUCAAAGUUACUUUUUGGAAUUUAGACUAAAUGUUUGCAAGAUUCAACGUAAUAUCGCUUCCUAGAUGAGUUUCUCCCAGCACCGCAACAUCCGUCCAAAUUGUUUCAUAGUUUUGUCUAUCCACUCUGAUAGAUAGGUAUCUUUUUUAAAACCAUCAGAAAUAGAUAGGACAUUCUGUAAACUAAGGUAGACUUAGCAGACACCCCAAAAAUACCUAACCCCCUCUUGCUUACUUAAAUUAGCCUAAUCCAUUGGCUCCCUCUUACGCGAAUUUAGUGGAUUUUAUCUUGCAAACACAAAAUUGUUACCCUUCUAGAUAAGGAUAAAAUUAUUGCGACUCAAUAGUCCAUGAAUUAUAAUUUAUUUUAUUCUAUUCUUGUCUUUUUUGCAAAUUAAUUUUUACUUUUGUUUCCAAUAAAUUUAAAAUUUAAUCUAAUUUUUUAGUUUCUAUUUUUGAAUUGCCAAAGUUUCAAAUUUAUUUGCUAUUUAAAUAGUAACAUUUAUUUAUCCCCAUUAAAAACGUUUAAUCCAUUAAGUACAUUCUGCCUUGCUUGUCAAUUCCUUGUUUAUCGAAUAUAAUGGGAGAGCCUUCAUCAAUGACGACAAGGGCUGAUUUAACUGAUCCAAGGGCAGAGAUUUAACACCAAAUAUCUCUUAAAAGCAAUCAUGGAGGAACCGCAAUAUCGCUAUCUCUUUUUAAAAUCCAAACUUUUUCUUUUUGAGCCCUAUUUGACUAUUAUUCAUAUGCUGAUCGUGAAGUUGAAAUAGCAGGCAUUGUAAAAUAUUUCUGCAUUAUAACUAUAACCCAUUUUUGACUAUGGCUACCCAAGUAUAGGACUGACAUUUUCUAUCUUCUUUUCCAAUGGCGCGCAGCCCAAUGUCAAUUCCUUUGGUUCAGGAGUUCUUCAUCUCCAUCCGUGUCUUACGAUGUCGAAAAUCGAGCAGCGUAUAACUUGGAACAUCUACUAAUCUUCCUAUAUAUUUCGGACUCUUGCUGGUAGUCGUUCACCUUUUAUUUUCCUCAAAUAUAUGUUCACACGUUCUACAUGACACGUUUGGUCCAAUUUGUUUGGUCGCUAUCCCCACACUUCUUGUCUUUCGUAGUUCCGCUGGUAUACCCCGAUACGUCCCCCCUGUUUUCUUCUUCUUCAGAAUUCUAAGUGCAUCCCUAACUUCUUCGAAUAGUACGAGUGUAAGUGAUACGACCGUCCGUUUCUUCAAUGUUUGAAAAUCAGACUGAGGCAUUGCGUAGCUCCGGAAAAUAUGGGGCUCAUCGACUUUCAUCUGGUUCCUAUUCUAUUCUAAUAGAAUUCCCCGCUGUGUCUCGUCAUUUCUUCGUUUGUUCUUUUUCGUUCUGUAACUUCUCAAUAUCAAAUCUGAUAGCUCGAGUGAACCCCCUCCCCUUUAAUUGACACCCAACAUUGAUAACUUCCUCUGACGAAAUAGUGGCCGCUAUAGCAACUUCCAUAGGUCAAGGACGGAAGAUGCAUUUCUUGAUAAGUAUGUAUGUGAUCAAUCUGGUUGAAGUCGCCCCAUUUGAUGAGGCCUAAGUUUCUUGCGAAUCCUGCGGUAAGAGAACUAGGUGGAUUAGAUGGCCAUGUUUCCAUUAUAAGCGAAUUCUAUGAACCUGCUUCCAUUUUCAUUAGUUAUAUGUUGAGGAACCAAGUUUUUUCUAAUUUUUGCGUUAGAGCCGCCAGUUACUAUCUUCACACUGACUCAAAAUGACUUUAGAAUUUGUCUUUUACUGAGUCUUCCGUUGAAGCAUAUACGUUAAUUUGUCGCUAUAUUUUCCCAUACUAAGAUCCUACCAAUAAUUCUACCAUACUCUUUUUUGCAUUUAUAUAACUGGGACAAUAAAAGGAAUGGGUCUUCCAGAACGAUAUUUUAGCUCGCGCUGUUUGAUGAACUGUCCAAUUUAAACUUAUGAAUGUAUCUGCUACAUCCUCCUUAUUCUCUAAUAAAUUGGGUAGGAAUAUAACGUCCCCAUAUACUCUCCGCGUAGUAAUCUUGAUUUUUAAAAUCAAUUUGUAAGUCUAGCGAACCUUUCCUCAGCGUUUUCAAGGACAUUGUUUUCCUUCGGCGUUCUUCCAGUGUUUAGAGGAACUGCGCUCUUCAUAAUAGAUACGCGCCAUUUCAUCCAGCAAAAGACGAUCGGCUUGAUUCCAGAAAUUUUGUUGUCCACUGUAUCGUGCAACACGCCCCUAAAGGUAACGCAUACUUGCUUCCUUCCUUCAAUAGACCGCACUCAGCUAUUAGGGUGUCGUAUACCAUAUUCAGUUCACUAAAUGACGUUGCAUAAACUAGUAUGGUGCUCACUGUUGAACACUACAGCAAACCUCCGACAUUUAACGUCAUUUUGACAGAUUGCCUGCACUGGAUGCUUUAUUGCAAAUACAUAUAUUACAGAUGCUGCUUAAACAUGCUCAGGCGCCUGUAAUCUGCCGAUGGCAACAAUGGUAAGCUCCCACCACCCAGCAGCAGAAAAUUUCGCCUCCUAGGUGCCUGGCUAGAACUCUAAUGACCUCCUGCUUAUCGACUGCGCCUUGCUAGACUCCCCCAUCGGGCUUUUUUUUAAUCUAGGACAACACAAAUCUGCAUCCUUCUGGCCUUCCUUAACAACCUCACUGUUCGAGCUCUCGAUAUCUUUUAGAUGGGUUAAGAUAUAAUUUCUUCGUACAUUCUCUACAUUCAGCGAUUUCGACUGUCUCCACUGCUGUUUACACUGGGUUGAUGAUUUCUUCUCUGCAGCAUUCUCCACGUAGCGAUCAGAGGAACUGGACUCCCAGUUCACAUAAUAUCAUUCGUUAAAGCAUCGGUCGGCAUUAUUCCAGAAAUGGCAUAGUCUGAAUCGUCUAGUAUGAUCGUAAAGGCAAAACCUAUUCUAGUCAAUUUUCAAAUCGCUCUAACUUUUUCGAGUAGGAAGGGAUUACGUACCAUAUGUAGUUCAAUAACUUAUAUUGUAUAGAGCAAUAUGGAGCUCUCCCAAACUAUUUGACAAUUUUCGAGACAUGGCUGCAUCAUCAAUUCUAUACCAGAACCCUCUUUCUUUCUAAUAGCUGUCCAUACAUAAGUGAAGCUAGGAAUAUGGGUAUAUGGAAUGUCACAAACGCCCUCCUCUUCUCAUUAGACUCCAGUUGGUCGAAUUGAAAGCACUCCUCACAUUCAGAGAAAUAGCUGCUAGCACUAUUCUAUCCAAUAGUUAAAUAGCCGUACCUUCGGUUUUCAAGUGGUCUGCAACAGUGAAUCCUCAAAACACCACGGUGGUUCAGGUCAACUUAAAUCAUCAUAAUUUCACCGCUGUCCUUAGCAUCUUUUCAAAUUUACCCAUCUGGCGAUGGACCUAUUAUUGAUACCAUACUUUCUACCACACAGCUUGAGGUAAAGACCUCUGCUACUCUCCGGCAAUAUCACUCCUUUCCCUGCAUCGUUCAAAUCGAUCGAUAACACUUAAGUAUACCUUCGCAGAACACCAGUAAAUGAGCCUCUUGAAGUAUCUCAUCACAGUGUUUUGCUCAACUACAACAUGAGGUGCCUAUUUAGUUUUUUCCUGCUAACAAUUCUCCCUGGUCUAACCCAUAAUCUUUUCAUAUUCUGUGCAUUUUGGGCAUCCCACAGGUUAUUAUUCAACUCGUUAACAGCUCCCACUAUAUUCAUAGUUACUCGAUACACGUUGCGCCUGCCUUUAGUAUAUUAACACAAGUGAUCAAUUUUAACUCAAAGGUGAGGGAGCAUGGCUCUUUCAGAUUGACACUCUGUUCUCUGAGUUACUUUGAGCUAGAUUGACGAACUUGGAAAAUUAUUUAACUUCUCCUAGCUCUCGCUCCUGUAGUACGCCCUUGGACCCCUCCAGUGAGGUUUAGGUGGUAUCGCCCCUAAUUCCCUCCCCCCUCAAAGUUGCCAAUAUAGGAAUUUCGGUUCCUUGUCUAGUAAUCUCUUUUUUCUUCCUCCUUCAUAUUGUCUUAGAAUUCGAUUUGUCCUUUCUGGUCCUACUUGUCGCCUCUGUCCGCCACUUGGCAAACACAAGGUUCAAUAAGUGCUUAAUCAAGUAUUCAGUCAAAAAUAACACAACCUCCGCUUUUAUAGUUUCCGCCGAAUUUUUCAUGGUGUUUUAAAUAGGCACGUCCGCUUUAGUUUGAAUGCGCAUAAACUUCUCAUCGACUGAAAACCACAGCCUUUCUUCGAGUCUGCCCUUUUAACACCACUGAAAUUUUAGGGUUUCGUAUUCCACGCUCUUAAGGCUUUCCUCACCCUUGUCUUCUUCAGCAACUAUACAUAUGUUAUAGUACAUACAAUAUUUUAUCCUUACAGAGAGCCAGUUUUCCUUUGAUUUGAAUGCCUUCCCAAAAAUCAUGGCCUAAGUCUAUUGUUCCAUGUUUGAAUCUGCUGCAAUAGGGCAGCUCGUGCUCGCGAUAUGCUACCGGAUCUAAAACCAUUUGGAGAAAAUUUCAUUCCUUGUUAAUCGCAUGUAUUUUCCACAUCCAUUUGAUGGAACUGUCUCCGCCUUUUACAGCCAACUCCACUAUACUUCUCGCAUCCACCACAGGCUAGAUGCACCGAAAUCCAUACCAGCUAUUGCCAUUUUCAAAAAUAAUGAUCUUUGUUAUUAGCCACCCAUCCCAUCAUUUUCCCCGUUGCGUGUUUUCUGUUCUUCCACUGGACACUUUUAAGUACCUCUGGAAAGUUUUCGUGCAUAUAUCGUUCAUAGCCUUCAAUAUCAACCUUGGAAUUUGUUGUCUUCGAUCUUCGCUCACCUCUACUGCAAUUACUUCGGAGGAGCAGGAACUUUCGUGUAGAGUAGACUGACAACUAACAACAGUGAAAAAAACAUAGCUUUUUCCCACCCCAGGUUCUCAUAGGUUCGACUCCACAGUUACUAACCUUCUAUAAAUGAGAGGGGAGCUUGCAAUAGCUUCCGUCAAUCAUUGAGUAACUUGAAAAGUCUCCACCGUCCAACUGAGACACUUACUUGAUAUACUGCAAGCACUUUCUUCAUCCGUGACUCACUUUUGAUCUGCAUACAAAUUGCCGAUAUAAAGCUGCCGACUCUUCCCAUUAACGCGGAACUGACGCACGUCAGGACUACUACACCUUCCCUCAGAUAUCUGCGAGCAGUACAUCCAACCCUGGAAUCGCUUUGAGCGAGACACAUCUCCUGCUGUUCUUCCUUCGGCUAAUCUGUUCUAGAGGCAGACAUUAAAAUCACCGGCUACAAUCCUUGGGUUGUAUUAAAUAUAGUCAUGGUCCGAGGAAGCGUGGUCUAGCUCAUCAUUCCACUCAACGCGUUCACACUCCUUUCAUUUGAACCCUUUCCUUUCAGAAUAAACUUGGGCUUCAAAAUCAUACCUAUUGUCAUGGUUCAUAUGCGCUGGAAGAUGUUCUCCCUCUUCUAGAAGUGCUAUAUGUUGCCAACCAAGGUGAAGGCCUAUGAAGUAUCAAACUCUCUUUGAAUUGUUCCGCCGAUGAGCCAAGUUCCUCAUUACUGAGGCAACAGUUCCUGAGUUUUAGCAAUGUUGAACAUUUUUUUUCUCACCCUCUACGAUUGAUUUCAUAGGUUCCCCGCUAUCCCGCCUUUUUAUAAGCACGCCCAUUCGCGGGCCCUUAAAAAUACGUAUAUAUACACCACGAUGCUGACCACCUGAACAACAGUGCACAAAGAUAAGAUAUGUUCCAAAGUCCCCAUAAGACAGUGAGAUUGAUCCAGUUAUUAAACUUCUCUUCUUGAAAUGUUUUCUUGAUUACCACAAGAAUAUUUUUUUGCGAUUAUUAUGAAUAUAUAUUAUUAUUAUUAUAUUAUCAAAACGAAAUUCUUAGUUGUAUUAAAAUUGAACCGAAUGUACUUUGUCAAUCCUUGAAGAAGUAAGAAAAUUUAUACUGAUAAGGCCGACCUAUUGUCUGCUCCGUUUAAUGCCGGAAUCUAUUAAUUUUCAGUGAAAAUUCGAUACAAAUCGCUUUACAAAUAUAUAUUUAUUUCGCACCCUUAAUAGUCCUAAAUUUUCUUUGCGUACAGAAAAUUUAUAAGAAAAAGUCAAAAAUAACAUUGAAAACAUUUCGUCAUAUCAUAGAGAACUUUUCGAGUUUUUUUUUCAAAACAAAAUGAAAACGGUAGAUAAUAAUUUCGCGCUAAUCAAUUCAAUACAAUCGAUGAAAAAAAGUGACUAUUAAGACGAAAAAAAGCAAAUAAAGUCAACAAUAAAUAAAUUAUUUUAUAAAUCACUAAAAUUAAUAAAUUUGCAAUUAUAAAGUAACACAGCAAGUAAAUUCGCUCAUUAUGUAGCUAAACAAGGUCAACGCAGUAAAUAGAAGAGAAAAACUAUAAAAAAGAUAAAUUCACGUACUUUUAUCAGGGGCUUACAUAAUAAAAAUUCAAUGGAUUAACAUUAAAGAAAAAGAAUGAAUGAGAAAGAAAGUAAAUAUGAAUUAAAUAAAGAGCGGUAAUGAGAAAAUUCACUGUUGUAAAGGAAAAUAUUUUAAAACUUCUUAUAAAACAAAUCUGCAAAGAUAACAAAUCAGAGAAAAUAAUUCAAAUAAUAAUAAUUUAGAACUUGAAGAGUGAGAUUCGUAUUUAAUAUUAAUAAUGAAAAUGAGAAUAUUCAUAACAUUAAUAUUUAAUUGAAAUAAGAUUUUUGCAUUACUUUGAUUUAAAAGAAAAAUUACUGUAAUUCGAAAAGGAUAACUUUUUUGAGGUACAGAAUAAAAACAUUCUAAAAAACAAUGCAUAAUUAGCAUAAAUUUAGGGCGUAAAAUUACUAAUUUCUAUUAUAAAAUAAUGUAAACUAAUAAAUAAUUGAUAAUAAAAACCAUGUAUAACUAAACAUCAACAUAAAUUUGAAAAUGGGAAAAACAUUUAUAUUAUUAUACACAUACACAUCGCUCAUGUAUAAAAUACUUUCCAAUUAUUAUUAUAUGUAUCAUCAUUAUUAAUCAUCAUCUACCGGAAAGAGAACACAAAUCAAAGUAUAUAUUAUUUAAAUCAUAUAGGCAAGGGAUGAAAUUGUUUAUCAAAUUGAACUAUUAUAUAUAAAUCAUUAUUACAAUUGAACUUAAUAAAACAAACAUUUGGCAAUUUUGUGUAGAUAAGAUGAAAUUGAAAUAAAGAAAACAAAUUUGUAAUCAAAAAAAAAAUCAUUCAACAAUGUUAAAUUCGAUCAAACAAGUUAAAUAUAUUAUCAGAAAGAAAAAGAAGAAACAAAUACAAAAUUUAUGAUUGAUUUUAAUGGAAUUUUAUUGGAAAUUUUCUUAAAUUAUUUUUAUUUUAUUUUCAUUUGUUAUUAUGACCCACCAACAAUCAUUUUUAAGUUUCUAUCAUGUUGAAAUGAUUUUUUCCUAGUGAUACAACGAGAAAAAUAUACAAAACAAAACAAAGAAACCAAAAUGCUAUAUAGUUGCGAAUAGUACUAGUUACUAGAAUGCUGCGUUUUGUAGUUUUAUACCAUAGAAAUGAAGUAUUAAAUCCAGCCUUCUUAUAUAAAUAACAAAACAAAGAGUAAUGACGAUAGUAGUUUGUGAGGUGACUUCAAACGAUUUCAGUAACGAGUGAUGGUUGGAAUAUCAAGAAAGGAUAAAACUUUCCGAAGAAUGAUGCCAGUUGUUAAGGCAGCCUCUUUACCUUGAUGGAAUAUACACAGUUUAGAACAAUCGUACUUUGUUGUAUAAUGGAUAUGAUGUCAGUAGGCUGUGGUGUUUUGCAUUCAUGCGUUUGGCUUUUAUAUACUGUUCUUUAUAGCCCUUGAAAACUUCCUCUCGCAGAAGAUAUUCCUUCACUCUAUGUUGGUUACCCUCUCAUCACUUGAACACCCUUCUAUAAGCUUUGUUAUCAUUUUCAUUUCAUAGCAAUUUACGACGUCAAGUUGUACUUCCAAACUAGUGGUCGUACUCCCUCAUUACGGUAGAGAUUGCGAAGAAAUCACUCAGUAGUAUCCUUGGGGCUACAAAUGUAAAAAUACCGACUUUGCGUAGGUUCAAUUUAUAUCCAAGAA